AUGACCUCUAAUGAUCUUCAUGAGCUAGGCUUUGUUGGUCCUAGGCUUACUUGGAGUAACAAAAAAAAGGGAGCGGAUCAAAUUAUGGAAAGAUUAGACAGGAUGUUAGAAAAUUCUAUUUCUGUGAAUUAUAAUCAGCAUUUAGUUGUUAAGCAUCUCCCCAGGAUUGCUUCAGAUCAUUGUCCAAUGCUUCUUAAAAUUUCUGACUACUCUUCUAAAGGUUUGAAAUCUUUCAAAUUUGAGGAUGUUUGGGCUUCUUACCCGGCUUCUUAUGCAGUGGUGAAGAACGCUUGGAAAAGGAUGGACAGUGGUACAGCAGCUGAAAUUCUCAAUUACAAACUGAAAAGAUCUAUUAAAGCCUUAUUCUUUUGGAGUAAGGCUAAACUUAAAGAUUUGGAUUAUCUAAAAAACCUGCUCAAAGACAAAAUAUUAAAGCUUCAAAUUAAGGAGGCUGAAGACGGAGGGCUUUUUCAAGAAGAGUAUGUUCUAUUGAAAUUUAAAAUUAAUGAGCUUAAUGCUACUUUAGCUUGUUUAAAUACAUGGUGGAGGCAAAGAUCUAAAGUAAAAUGGAUAGGGGAAGGUGAUCAAAACUCUAAGUUUUUCCACUCUAUGGCUAGUGCACGAAAGAAUAUCAAUUUCAUCCAUUGUAUUAAAGAUAGCAAUGGUAUCAUAAUGGAGGAGCAAAAGCAAAUUGAAGAUGUGUUAAUUCAGUUUUUUAAAGAAAAAUGGCGUGACUUGAAUUGUUUUCUUGAAGGUUGGCCGGAGGUUCAUCAAUUUCUAGAGGAGGAAGACAAGAGGUUUUUAAACAACAACUUCAUGAUAGAUGAAAUCAAAAAAGCUAUUAGUGAAACUUCGAGAUUCACUUCUCCUGUUUACAAGAUUGCUUCAAAGGUUAUCCUUAAUAGAAUGAAAGCUAUCAUUCCGAAUAUCAUCUCUGUAGAACAGGCAACUUUUGUUAAGGGAAGAUCUCCUCAAGACCAUGUAUUGAUUGCUCAAGAACUUUUCCACAAAUUUAGGAUCUCUAAUGCUUCUAAAGGUCUGGUGUCUAUUAAAUUAGACAUUGAGCAGCUUAUGAUUCUAUGGGAUGGCCAACUCUUCAAAAGCUUAUUGUGUAAUGCUGUCAACCUUAAAUGGAAGGAAAGGAAUGAGCUGGUUCAUGGGAAAAAAGAAAGGAGUUCAAUGUUUAUAGCUGCGGAAGCAGACAGCUUUCUAUGA